AUGGCUGAUACCCCUGACCCGUCAGUGUUCACUGCCGGCGCCGAGGGUGCAGUAAUCGUCGGGUCUGAUCCGCUGCCGGCUGUGCCACAGCCAUCUCAGCAAAGCGCCAUGCCCCCGCUGACGACACGGAGAUCCACAUACGUCAACGUGUCCCUGAACUCUGCCGCUGAUGAGUUGACGCUGAUAUCGUUCAACAUUCAGAUGCUUGUGGACUGUUGCUCCCUCCCAGUGAACUGGUGGAGCAGAGAGCGCGAGUUACUUCCGUACAUUCGAAAGAUUUCUGAGGCCUACCGUCCAGAUGUAAUGAUUUUCCAGGAGUGUUGGGCAGACGAAGUGUGGCGCCUCCUUAAAACGUUGGAACAAGACAAAGAUUGUCCCUUUCCGUACCAGACGCGCAUUCUUGCUAGCGACGGCGGAGCCCCCUGCAACUGUCCGAACUGUGGAGACUGCUACUGCACUUGCUGCCAGUGCUGCGAGUGUCUUCGACGCCCCUGCUGGUGCUGUUGUCUCCCUCCUGCCGCGAAGCUGGUGGGAAAGGGGCGAGGGGAAGAGAAUGAGGGCGCCGCAGGCGCAGCAAACGGCGAGGCUAGCGGAACGCCCAAACGAAUGCGUGCUUCUGGGCCUGCCUCGACUCCUGGACGCAUUCAGGAUUCGUGGACCUCAGUUAGCGGGAACUACCAGGCAGCCCGUCGGAACGGGGGUGUCGCCAUCAUCUCAAAGUGGCCUAUUCUGGAGAGGCACGCCUAUGUCUAUUACCGCGGUGCGCUUCCAGACUGUCUCGAGAACAAAGGUGCGGUUUUGGCCAGAAUUGAGAAGGGAGGCAAGAUAUAUAACGUCGUGGGAACACAUCUUCAGUCAGGAGAUGCCAACAAUCGAACCCGAGUGGCCCAGUUACAAGAACUGGCGACGUGGCUGCGCUCCGGCAUGGAAGACUGUGAGCAGACAGAAUUUGCGUCAGCAGAGGCUGAAGAAGUCAGAGACAAGAAUACGCAGAAACAGGAGGAUGCGACGUCCACGCGACGAGACCAGAAGCAACGACGGAAGUCCAAACCGAAGACGAAGACCGGAGCUUGUUGUCGUGGCGGGAAAAGUGGAGGGUUGCCAAAAGGCUUGGUGAAGGCGACAGAGCCUCUCAUUAUUGCGGGAGAUUUAAAUCUGCGCUAUAAAGAAGAUCACAAGUACCUCAUGGAAGCGAUUCGACCAGAUAACCUCAACUGUAGCCUCUGUCUAGCUGAUCCUGGCGACCCGUCAACUUCGUAUGAUACGGAACUGAACGACACAUGCUAUUACAAUAACGGCAGGCCAGAACUUCCUAUCAAGCAGCUCAUAGACUACUUCCUGUUAUCAAAUGAUCAUUUUGGCUCCGUUUCGCGGUGGCAGGAAACCAUCACCCUUCCCGCCGACCAGCCAAUGUCUUUCCGGUUUUUUGCUUGUCUCUGCAUUCCGUUGGGCAGCACAAAAGUGCACCAUGUUUCGGAUCACUUGCCCGUGUGCGUGACGAUCCGGCACUCGAAAGAGAACUGA